AUGGGGUCAAAGUUCACAAGUCCACAAGAGAACAUGGCACUCACGGAGAGCACAUUGGCUGUGCUCACCCUCCUUCGGGAAAAGAAAACUAUUCCGUUCAGAGUGCCAUCAACCCAACCACAAACACGCUUUGGAGACAUUGUGCAUGUCGGCCACUCCCUGGUACUGCCCUCCAUUGCCAGGCCAGUGAAGAGCAAUGAGGAUCUGAUCCAUUGGUGCCAGUUCAUGACUUCUCGCAGUGGGUCGUUCGAGACGAAGCCGCAUACUCAGAAGAAGGCAUACGGGCCGAUAAAUUUCUUAUUCUCCUCCCUGUCGACCCAGACGACCUUCGUAGAAGAUGUGGCAACUUGCGUCUGCAAUGCCGCCACGGAUGUCACGUCCACCUCCAGCCGCACCACCAUCGUGGGUUGCAUGACGAACAACCUCGUCACGACGUGUCCGCAGACGACCACGACGACCACGACGGCCCCCGUGAAGACCUUCAGCUCCAAGCUGCAGCUUUGGCUCGCCUGGGAGAGGACCAAGUUCUGCCUCCUCCGAAGGAGGCUCCAGCUCGCCUUCGGGUUCGCCUAGUGGCCGGCUUCGAUUUCGCCGUCUUGCCGUUGCAGGACGGGGUCGUACUCGUUUUUUUUCCACGAUUUUUUCCCACUUUUUUAUUUUCCGAAAUGCACGAUUCAUCACCGAAAA